ACUGGACAGCCAUGGUAAUCCCGGCACAUUCGAGAAGGUCAACUUGACUCACUAUCUCUACUUCACCCGUUACCGUCACGCUACCGACCCCAGGGACAAGAUAUACCGCCUCCUUGGUAUUUGCUACUUUUCGAAGCCUGAGAGGACGCUCAUACCGGACUACGAAAAGCCAGUGAGCGACGUCUUCUCGCAAGCUAUGGCCCUAAUAGUCAAGGAAGCUUUUGUGUAUGGCUACCCCAGCAUGCCACUUAGUACUGGAGAGGAGCGCUUAAAUCUCGGUCUUCCAAGCUGGGUGCCCGACUUCACAUAUACAGACUACCAUCGAUUCUCCGCAACAACCGUCCAGUCGAGUUCCAACACAUCAGAGCUGAAGCAUACAAAUGAACCAAGGGAUCUGUGCCCAAGCUCGGGCCCCAAACUCGAUUAUUUGCCUAACUCAGCAGCGGUUGUGCGCUUCUCGGAUGACUUCAGGGUGCUGUACACCGUAGGAACAAGCCUGGGAACGAUAAUAACGAGUCGCUACCUGAGCUUUCCACAAAUAGACGACGCAGGAGACGGCCUAGAGUUUCUGAUGUGUUUAUACGAUCUCUUGGACUCGAACCAUGACAGCGUGACCAUGACGAAGAUUCUGAAAGCUCUAUUUGGCCCAAACAAAGAUGGCGCCGACGCUUGUAUAGAGGAGUUUGUGGACAACUUAAACAGUACCAAGAGGACACGAGUGUUCCUCUCGAAGACCUCGCAGAAAGCAUCAUGAAUUGGUUUGAAGGCCCCCAUAGUUAUCCAGGUCGAACCCUGU